UAUUUGUAUUAAAAAUAUUGUAAAUACAAGAUGGAGAAGCUUGGCCAGGAAGAAACUGCGCAUUCCAGCCGGAUUGCAGGCAAUAGCAGCAAGGAUGGUGAUGAUGGAGGCGGCGGUGGCGGUAUCGGCGGCGGCGGCGGAAGCGCGAACGGCAUUGUUGUAAAUGCAGCACUCAGUGAUACAGAGACACGCAUACGAAUCAAUAAAUGGCGCGUACGCGAAGGGCAAUUCGUGUCGGCCGCACAAAUCCUGUUUCUCUACCAGGAAGUUGGGGACGACGGCAAGCCUUCAAAGGCCGGCAACAUGACAGUCCAAAAAUACAAAUCAAAUCGGGCCGGAGUUGUCAAAAAGCGGCUUCGUAAAGACGGCGAAAUGAUAGUGAAGGGGGAUGCGAUUCUGGAGUUGUCGGAAUGCAUACACACAACCGUCAUCAAGGAUAUGUGCGCAGACUGCGGAGCCGAUUUGCGAAAGGAUGACAAUGGCCAAACCUCUGAGGCCUCGGUGCCGAUGGUGCACACCAUGCCUGACCUCAAAGUCACCCAAAAACUGGCCCAGAAGCUUGGCCAUGACGACACACGGCGACUUCUUGCUGACCGCAAGUUGGUGCUUCUCGUUGAUCUCGACCAGACGGUCAUCCAUACCACCAACGACACCGUACCGGAGAAUAUCAAGGGUAUCUAUCACUUCCAGCUAUAUGGCCCGCAGUCGCCUUGGUACCACACGCGACUGCGCCCUGGCACAGCCGAGUUCUUGGAGCGCAUGUCCCAGCUGUACGAGCUACACAUCUGCACAUUCGGCGCCCGGAACUAUGCACACAUGAUUGCUCAACUGCUCGACCCGGACGGCAAGUUCUUCUCGCACCGCAUACUGUCCCGCGAUGAAUGCUUCAAUGCCACCAGCAAGACGGACAACUUAAAGGCUUUAUUUCCGAAUGGUGAUUCGAUGGUGUGCAUCAUUGACGAUCGAGAGGAUGUCUGGAACAUGGCGUCUAAUUUGAUCCAAGUCAAGCCUUACCAUUUCUUCCAGCACACCGGCGACAUCAAUGCUCCGCCGGGACUGUCCAAGCACGAGUUGGAUGGAGAAGGAGUCGACUUUAAAGAUAUGACUGAAAAAGAAGAGGAAAAAGAUAAGGCAGAUGUGGAGAGCGAAAUAAAAACUGAAGACCCCGAUAAAGGCGAUAAUACUGUAUCAAGCACAAGCAAAGAUGAGGAUGGAAAUGAAGAAUCCGUUGACGUAGUAGAGCAGGAAAGCGACGCAAAAGAUGCAGAGGUGACCAACACCACAAUUAUCACAGAAUCAAAGGAGUUGUCGGACAAGCUCAACGGGAAGGCGGAUACGGAAAUGGAUACGCUUAUAGAUAAUAGUUCAUCUGGCACGCCUGAUCCACAAAAGCCAGCCAGCGAUAGCGAAGACAUAGUGGUAGACGAUGUGGUAUCUGAAAAUUCCAAGGAUAGCACAAGUGUGCCUAAAGUUGAUGGCAACACGGAAAUUGACUCAAAGGCUUCAGCCGAGGCGAACGAAACGAAUGACCUGGUGGAGUCGUCUACUAGUCUAACGGAUAAGGAGAACCAAAUUAGCGUAGAAGAUGCGGCCACCACUUCAACAAGUCCAAUCGUCAAAGUCAACCACGACGAAGGAAAACUAAUUGAGAUUGAGGACCCGGAUGACUACUUACUCUAUUUGGAGGUAAUACUGCGCAACAUACACAAGCGCUUCUAUGCGAUCUACGACGAGACCAUGGAGAUACCAGACUUGAAGAUUAUUGUGCCUAAAAUUCGAUGUGAAGUGCUGCGCGGAAAGAAUCUUGUGUUUUCUGGCUUAGUGCCAACGCAAAUGAGACUGGAACAGUCUCGUGCCUACUUCAUAGCCAAGAGCCUGGGGGCCGAAGUGCAGCCGAACAUCAGUAAGGAAAGCACACAUCUGGUGGCCGUUAAUGCCGGCACCUACAAGGUAAAUGCCGCCAAGAAGGAGGUCAACAUCAGAGUGGUCAAUGCCAAUUGGCUGUGGACCUGUGCCGAGCGUUGGGAACAUGUAGAGGAGAAGCUGUUUCCAUUGGAUCGCAAAGUGCGGAAUAAAGGCCGACAGCCGCCCGCCCAUUGCCACAGUCCCGAACAUGUGGUCAACUACAGCGAGAGAUCGGAGAUAUCCCCGUCGAGCAGCAAGCAACAGGAGGAGCAGAGUGGAAACUUUCGGGAAACCCUAAAUCCGUUGCUGGUAUUAUCAAAUGCGGAGAUUGCGGACAUGAAUAAAGACUACGAUACGUUCUUCGAGUCUGAUUCGUCCAGUGACGAAGGACCCGUCAACUUUGAAAAUCCACCCAUGGACAAGAAACUGCUGAAACGCAAGCGUGAGGACGAGAAUUCGAAUCGGGCCCACGAUUUCUUUAUGCGCACUGGAGAUGUGAUGAUGGGAGCGCCGACUCUAGCUAACUUUGAGGAGGAUGAUCGCGAGCGCGAUGACAAUAACGAAGACGAAGAGGACGAUGACGAUGAGAUUCCAAGCGCUAAAUUCCGACGAGGGGAGGAGCUGCCGUCAGAUUUGGAAAUUGGUUCGGACUCGAACAGUGAAAACAAUCAAGAGGAUGAGGACGAUGGCGAAUGGAAUAUGAUGGGAGCCGCUCUGGAGCGGGAGUUUCUGGGGCUGGAAGACUAACUAUUUGACGAUGACUUUGACAUUUAGAAUGUCUGCGAGGCUUUCGAAGGCGGAACCCAACCCACACAACUUAACACAAAAAAACAAAAAUAAAGCAAUUGAAACAGUUAUCAGUUA